AUGGACGACCCUGCAGCAGGCCCCGAGGCUGCGCACGACGGAGAAUUCGACCCGUAUGCGGCCUAUGGGACCAUUCACCCGCCGCCGGCGGCUUCACUCGGAAUGUCACGGAAUGAUGGGUACGCGCCUGCGCGGACGAGCAGUCCGCCGCUCGCGGCCGUGUAUGCGGGACACUCGAACCACGGCCACAGCCACAGCACGCGCAGCGAGAGCACGAGCUCUGUCGGUUUGGGGCACAUGGCGCACGCGAGUGGAAGUAGCCAUGAUCUGCUCCUUGGCGGUAUGCGUGCCGGCAGCGAGGGAACGACACCUGCGAUGCCGAGCGCGGCGUUGAACUCGAGCAGUGGCGAUAUUUUCACUGUGCCCCCGAGGAAUCCACAGCGGCUGCUGAAGACUGUACAGACACCAGAGCAUCAAGACCCAGGCGAGACAUCGGCGGGCGUAAGGGACUCGAUGACGUCCUCGGUGUACUCAAUGGCAAUGGAUGAUCAGACUGAUGAGCCAUCGACGUCGAGGCCUGCGUUGGAGGUGCGAAACCUGCCUGAUGGUGCCAGUCUGGGCGGCGACGUCUCGCGAGCGCCGUCUCGAUAUGCUUGA